GUGGUCAAACAGCCGCCAUAUGAAGUGACGGAAGUGGGGUGGGGCGAGUUCGACAUCGUCAUAGAGGUGCACUUCCUGAACAAGCUGGAAAAGCCGAUUGUCAUCUAUCAUACGCUCAAACUGUUUGAAGGGGAAGGGACCAUCCGUGUGAAUAAGAGAACGAUAGCUUAUGAACUGUAUGAUGAAUUGAUUUUCAAGGACCCUCCAAAGCCACUUUUCGAGGCUUUGAUGUCCGAGCAGACCCUAAAGAAGCGGCCCUUUUCUCAUUCGCAAGAUUGGACGCGAGUGGAGAGAGAGCAAUUGGCACUGAUCGAUAGUGCACGCACCAACAUAACUAAUCAACUGGCCACAAUCGCCAACAAACGGCUGAAGAUGGAAUCGGAAAUAGCGCAGAUCCACGCCAAGAUGCGUGGUGCUGCCAGCACAGGCAAGCUAGCCAAGCCAGCAACACCCGCAGCCUCAAGCACAACCACAGCGUAGGCUGAGUGCAAGGACAGUUCAAACACGAACACGCCGAGUGCUUAGACACACGUGCAGGCAUAGGUAGUUUGAUGUAAGCGUAGCCACAACCACAGACGCCAGUGAUUUAUCGACCAGCCAAGCCAUCGUGCGAGUGCUCUUGCAGCUGUAAGCUGUCUGAUUACGAACACAAACACAGCAUAUACACAGAUACAGUUAUUGGUGGGCCAAGUACGAAUGCUAUACAGUAAGUAGCUCGUACGUAUGGGCUUAAAUAGUCUGCUAACAAGGAUACGCAUAGGCACAGGACGAGUACAGACGCAGAGUCACCAGUGCGAUACGGUCACAGCCACAGCUGCCACUCACGUUCACGUAUAGGAAUGCCGUACACGAACACACGCGCACACGCGCAGCCCAAGUACAAGUGCACAAGGCACAGGCUGACGCGGUGGACAUGAAGUAGGAGAGAUAGGGGGCGGGUCUACUCACACAGUAGUCACACCCUAGCACCACCACGCGUGGCGUCAGACUUACUGCCUACUUUCAGUGUGUUCGUUAGAAUUAGAACUCAUGGCCUUCUUGUAGUGUGACUAUCAACUCAAAGCCACUUUUUGGGGCGCGAUCUUGAGCUCAUGGCCACAUUUUAGUGCGUUAUUGCUGAGACAAUGCCGCUCGUGUCCGGUCACUGGUAUCAACAAUUCAUGCUCUAAUCAGUGCUGGCGAAUAUUCCGAAUCAGUUAAAUACAGGUACCCACAGUUACGACAGCAACAACAACUACUAUGCGCGUAUAGCUGUAGGGAAGAGGAGUCUAUAUCAAGCACAAAUACGGCGCAAGUGUCGGUAGAAAGGAAGACGAUUGAAGAAUAAACUCGGCUUGUUUGCAAGUCUUGGUAGGAUUCGCACUUGAGAAGAGGUCUAUUGUUUCUUCUGGUCGUAUCUUAUU